AUGUAUUAUUGGGUUUGCGAACGCAAAACACAAAAGGAAACGAAAUGUACUGCAAGGGCCACUACAGUUUAUAUUGGGGACCAGCAUAAGAUUCACAAAUUUGAUGCUAAGCAACACAAUCAUGCUCCAGAAGCAAGCCAACCUGAAGCUUUGAAAACUUGCAAUCAAAUGAAGGAACUGGCUCAAAUUAGCAAUGAUCAACCUGCACAAAUCAUUAGUAAUAUUAUUGCUACAACAUCGCGUGAAAUACAACCGUGUUUACCACGAAAAGAUGCUUUAAGACAACAAAUCAAAAGAGCAAAACGUAUUUGUGACGAAGAAGUUGAACCAAAAACUCUGGGCGAUUUUACAUUACCAGAUGCAUACUCUAUUACACUUAGUAGAAUGGAUUUUGCAAAAGAUAUUACCGAUGGAACUGAAAGAAUUUUGCUUUUCACAACAAGUGAAAACCUUAAAUGGCUGCAAGAAGCGAAAUUUUGGAUUAUGGAUGGAACAUUUAAAACUGUACCAACUUUGUUUCGGCGAUUGUACAGUAUUCACGCUCCUGCUGGCGGAAAUGUUAACUUCCGAAUUGUUCCAUUUGUUUACGCAUUAAUGAGUAAUAAAAGUAAAGAAUUAUAUCAAAGAUUAUUUCAAGAACUCAAUGAAUUGGCAGACGAAAAUGAAUUGGAAUUAAAACCAGACUUUGUAUUAACUGAUUUUGAAAAAGGUUCAAUCAAUGCAGUUAAAUUCGAGUACCCAAGUGCUCAAAGCAAAGGCUGUCACUUUCAUUUAGGCCAUCUUCUUAUACGACAUAUUCCAGCUUUGGCUUUUUUAAGUCCUUUAGAAAUUCCUGAUGCUUUUGACGAACUCAAAGUUAUAUUACCAUCUGAUGCUGAACCAAUUAUUCAAUGGUUUGAAAAUAACUAUGCACAUAGAAGAAUAAAAAGAAUAUUGAGAAAUGGCAGAGUUCAAAGACACAAUCCAUUAUAUCCACCAGAAAUGUGGUCUGUCUUUGAUAACAUAGAAUUUGUAUUUCGAAGAACUCAAAACAAAGUCGAAGCCUGGCAUCGACGCUGGAAAACAUUAAUUGCUCGAGCUCACGUUGGCACUUUCACUAUGAUUAAACAAAUUCAAAAAGAACAAAAUGAAGUUGAAAUGGAAAUUGAGUAA